AUGGGCUGCGGACCUUCCCAGGCUGCUGAGGACCAGACACGCGUCCCCGCGCCCAAGAAGGGCUGGGAUGAGGGAUUUAAGGCUGAUGUCGGUGUGACUUAUUCGGUGGAGAACCGCGGGCCCCAGAUUGGAGCUGAAUUACCCAAGGACCCUUUGAGCAGCCCCGAGGGCCUGGAAAUACAGGCUCGGUUGGGAAGUUUACCUGGAACCACAACAGAAAGUCCCCCAUUUCUUAGUGAAAGAAACAGAGGAAUAAAUUCAGACCUAGUGACCGGUGGAUUAAUCCAUAACCCCCAAGCCCCUGAGACCCGAGAGCGACAAAAGUCAUCAGACAUCCUGGAGGAAUUAAUUGGUCAAGGAAUAAUACAAAGCCACAGCAAAGUACUUAGAAAUGGAGAAUCUUAUGAUGUCAUGGCAAACGUGACCGAGUGGCCUCUGAGAAAGCCUCCAGCCAGGCUGAAAAAACUUCAGCUCAAAAAGGAAGCAAAGGCUUUCACAACGAACGAUCUAGAAGAGAAGGUGCGAGCGGAGGAGAUGCACAAGAAGACUAAAGAAGAAGAAAUAAGAAAAAGGCUAAGGAGUGACCGACUUUUGUCCCCAGCCAAUCAUUCAGAUGCAGCUGAGCCGGACGGGGCUGAGGUUCUGUUUGUCAAAGGACCUCACGCUGUGAGUUCCGCUGGGUUUGAGUUUGAGCCGUCUGACCCGCAGGGAGGAAAGCCUUUGAAAGGGAAGAAGAGUCAUACAGCAUCGAGUGAUAGAAACUUCAGUUAUGAAGGAUUUGGGUUGGUGGAGUCAGAUGUGUCUUACAACCAAGCAGAUGAUGUAUUUGAAUAA